AGCAAACCGCAGCAUGCGACAGCUCUGCUGCCAGCUCGCAAUUAAGCUUUGCUAGGGACCGUGGCUGUUCCUCUUUCCGGCCAAGGAAGAAGAGCUCAAGCCACUACACAUUCGCUUAUUCUAUUGAUUGUUUUAUUCCAUUGAAGCGUAUAGCACCUUGGUUUGGCAAGGUGAGGUGUGUAGGUAGGGGAUACAUCACGCCCAUCAUGCUCUCAGAUCAUGCAUGAGUGCUACCAGUAGGUUUUGCAGACUCUAGAUGCGGAGUUGUGCGUGUGUGUGUGAUCAUCUUACCCUUUUCCACACAAGAGUGAGCUCAUGCAGCCUCCCCGCUCCCGAGAUCAAAUUUGGGAUACAUACCUCUUUAACGGCAACGCACCGCAGCUGCAGAGAGUCUAGAUGCGGAGGCACCUCGGUACCUACACCUUGGAAAGAUACAGUGCUAAUUCAGCGCUAAAGGAACCAGACAGAUGCUAUGCGUGGGCAAUUUUUCGAGUUACAGGUACUGUGUCUGCAUCUAUGAGUCGUGUGGUGGUGUUGGCUGCUGUCCACCUUAGUUCAACAGCUCUCGCCUACGAGAGUCUCUAAGCCAUACAUAACUGGGCAGCGCAGCCACAACAAACCUCGGGAUUUUCUCUAAAUGAUUGUUUUUUUCCUAGAAAGGCUGGCUCAAAAGUUGCUUGUCUAGGUCUCUAGGGGG